GGGACGCGGCGCGGGAGCAUGGAGCCGCGGGCCGGCUGCCGGCUGCCGGUGCGGGUGGAGCAGGUCGUCAACGGCGCGCUGCUGGUCACCGUGAGCUGCGGCGAGCGCAGCUUCGCCGGGAUCCUGCUGGACUGCACGAAAAAGUCCGGCCUGUUCGGCCUGCCCCUGUCGGCCCCGCUGCCCCAGCCCGAGGACCCCCCAGUCAACGGCUGCCACGGCCCGGCCCCCGCGGAGCAGGACGCAGAGGCGAUGCAGCUGGGGACAGUCCCUCCACCGCCUCCCAACGGCGACCAGGCCCCUGAGACCGCAGGCCCCAAGCCACCUCCACCGCCCGUGCCCCCGUUCCCGCCGUAUUUUGAAGGCGCCCCCUUCCCUCCCCCGCUCUGGCUAAGGAGCACCUACCGGCAGUGGGUGCCGCAGCCGCCGCCCAGGACCGUCAAGAGGACACGCCGGCGCCUGUCCCGCAACCGCGACCCGGGCCGGCUGGCCCUGAGCCCCAUCCGCCUGCGGCCGCGCCAGGUGCUCUGUGAGAAGUGCAAGAGCACGCUGAGCCCCCCCGAGGCCAGCCCUGGCCCCCCCGGUGCCCCGAGGCCGCGCAGGAGGGUGGGCAGCGGCCCCGGCCCCGACAGGGAGCCCCGCAAGCUGGAGGACCCGGCCGGCGGCGGCGGUGACUCCACAGCCACCGCGAGGAGGAGCAAGAGGGAGAAGCGAGAGGACGCCAAGGCCCGGGUGCCGCGGAGCCCGGCCAUCAAGAUCUCCUACAGCACGCCGCAGGGCACGGGCGAGGUCGUGGAGAUCCCCUCCCGCGUGCACGGGUCCCUCGAGCCCUUCUGCCCCGCCCAGGCCCCGCCCAGUGGCAGCCAGGACCCCGGCGGGCCCGCCGCCUCCAUCCCCAGGCUGAAGCUGACGCGCCCCGGACCCCCGGGCCCCAGCCUGCCGCCCCCCAAGAUCCGCCUGAAGCCCCACCGCCUGGGGGCCGGGGAGCGGGAGCCCGUCUACAGGGCCGAGCUGGUGGAGGCACUCAAUGGCCACGGGCGAGGCCCCCGGGCCGGCUCCCCCUCUCCCCAGGGCCACGGCUCCACAGGCCACGGGCCAGUGGACUCGUCUUCCGGAAGCUCUGGCGAGGAUGAUGACUUCAAGCGGUGUCCCCAGGGUCAACACGAGCGUGACGGGCUGGCCUUCCUCGCCGCCUGCCCCCGGAGGGGGACGGACUGUGCCCGCGAGUCCGUGUGGAGCAGCGACAGCCUGGACGAGUCCAAAUCGUCCAGCUCAGAAGUGCCAUCGCCGGACACGUGUGACCUUUCCGGCGACGGUGCGUCUGUGAGGUCCUCGUCCGGGGACGCGAGGCAGACGGUCCCGCCCCUGACAGUCAGGCUGCACACACAGAGCGUGUCCAAGUGCGUUACUGAGGACGGAAGGACCGUGGCCGUGGGGGACAUCGUGUGGGGUAAGAUUCAUGGUUUUCCUUGGUGGCCAGCGCGUGUGCUUGACAUCAGUCUUAGCCAGAAGGAGGACGGGGAGCCUUCCUGGCAAGAAGCCAAAGUCUCGUGGUUUGGUUCACCGACUACAUCCUUCUUGUCUACUUCAAAACUCUCCCCUUUCUCUGAGUUUUUCAAACUGAGAUUUAACCGUAAGAAGAAGGGGAUGUAUCGGAAAGCUAUAACAGAGGCCGCAAAUGCCGCGCAGCACGUGGGCCCGGAAAUAAGGGAGCUCUUAACCCAGUUUGAGACGUAAGCCGGGCUCCCGACCAGGUCACCGACGAUGAGGGCGUGGCUGGUCUCCCGGAGCUUCUGACUUGGGGGUGCCCUCCACGUCCCCCGUUCCGCCUGAGGGACCCCGUGUGCCUUCUGGGCGGCCGCGUGCAGAAGUGCGCCAGCUCGACGGCGGCCAGCCUGCCUGGGGGUCCCCGCAGGGCAGCAGGUGUGUGUGGGGAGGAGGACAGCCCGGGAGCACAGCGGCUCCCCCCGCUGAACGUAUUUAUUCCCCUGACUCAGGCUCUGGCUCCUGUGGUUUGUGAAGUUCCAGGAGCCCCAACGCUUCUGCUUCGGCCUCGCCCGCUGGGUGCCGAGGAGGGGUGAGGCCCGCCGCGCGGCCAGCUUCCGGGCCAGGCCCCCUCCGGCCCGCAGGCUUCCAGAAACCAGCUUGCACGUGUGGGCGCUCCCUCCCCAGCCCUCAGCGCAGGGUGUCUGUGCACUUGAGACCCCAGAACCUGCCCGCCACCCCCACGAUCCUCCCAAAGCGGGGGCCGCGGGCACCCACGGUGAGGCCCGGGGAGGGGCCGCUCUGAGAACGUGGGACUUCAAAAGGAAAACAACCUGGCCUGUUGUCUGUAAGAGCUGAUCCGGUCUCCUUUCUGUCACUUUAAAGACCAAAAAGAAAAAGAGAGAAACAGAAAA